UAUAUCAGCUCAUGAUCAGAUGUAAGCUGCACGGGAAAGGCAACUCAAGUGCCGUCUUGGGCUGGCGGAAAGCUUCGCUUUUUUUCCGACCCACUGUACCAUGCGCGACCAAGGGGCUCUACGAUUCAUCUGAUGGUCGUCCCUUGCAAGCGGGCUAUUUGCGCGUGGAUGGCGGCCUUCAUGACCUUUACUACGAAGUGCAUGGCCAUGAAGAUGGUGCGCCGGCAGUGGUGGUUCACGGCGGCCCAGGUGCAGGCUCCUACCUGAAUCACACGCGAUUCUUUGAUUUGAAUCUCUACAAGGUUGUAUUACUCGAUCAGCGUGCCUGUGGCCGGUCAACGCCUAGAGGUCGCCUGGUUGGUAAUAACACGAAUGCGCUUGUCUCCGAUUUGGAUGCCCUUCGGCAACACCUGUCAAUCGACAGAUGGCUGCUGUUUGGCGGCUCUUGGGGCGUCGCGCUUUCGCUUGCGUAUGCUCUGACCCAUCCCCACAGGGUAACUGCUAUGAUUUUGCGGGGUGUUUGCGCAAUGCGACAGCAAGAGAUCGAUUGGAUGUACGGCGGUGGUGCCGGUGCUCUAAAGCCGUGGGCUUGGCAGCGCUUUCUGGACCAUCUAGACCCUGAAGAGCGCAAAUUUCCGCUGAUGGGUUAUUACCGCCGCUUACUUUCGAAAGAUGUGUGUGUGCGAGACGCUGCGGCCCAGAGCUGGUUGGAGUGGGAGAUGAGCGUCGGCUUCGCCUCCAACAGCCAACUUCUGGACUGGGAUGGCGGUCAGUGGAGUUACCAGACCUUUCCCACUCCCUUGACGUCUCGUUCACCACCACGGCCUGCACGACCAUCUCCCGCUUCUUCACCGGCACCACAUAAACCGAUUCUUCACGAGCAAGCGAACAUUCAUUCAACACCAAGAUCAGUCCGUGGCGUGUCGGAACUGAAGAAACAAACGCCAUGGUUUACAGCAGGCAAACCUGCUCAUUUGCCUGGCGAGCAUAUGGCAGCCUUGCUCCAGGAGGGCCUGUCCUUCCGAGGGGAUCCAAGUAUGCCUUCUACGACCGCCCAGGCCAUGUUGGAAUGCCAUUACAGUGUGCACGGCGGAUUUCUGCGUGGACGUGGCGCGUCUGUAGCACCCCAGGAUCCGCAAAUGAAUUCAGCUAAGGCUGCUCGCGCUAAGAAUAUUCCUGUAGCUGCAGCGAGUGACGGCUCACUUACUUUGGGAGGUAGUGGACAUGAGUUACCCCUACUUGAGCGUGUACAUAAUCUGAGUCACAUCCCCGCCAUUGCGGUGCAAGGGCAGAUGGAUCUUGUAUGUCCAGCAAUAACUGCAUUUGACCUGCACAACGCAUGGCCGGAGCUGCAGCUGCGCUUUGUGCCCGGUGCCGGGCACUCGAUGUACGACCCAGCCAUUACCCAUGAACUUGUGGAGGCCACAGCAUUAAUGUAUGACGUGAUGAGGAAUGCUCGGGAUAAUGUUAAUGCUCGCUAAUCUAUGCAAUUGUAUCAUACCUUGUAAACAUUGUUUUC